AUGUCUACCCUCUUUCACCUCUUCGCCAUUGGCGCUGCAGCCUCGACUGCCUUUGCAGCUCCUCCUCCCAUCCACAAACUCGAGCCGAGAGCUUGUAUGCCCCUUUCUGUUGGAAGCGGCCCCGUUCCAAGACCUGAUACGGCAGAGGCUUUUCUAGCUUUUGAGCCUUUCGCCAUAGCAGCCACGUCGGCGGCUACACCGCGUGGCUUCCUACAGGCAUAUUCUAACCUGCACACUACUUACAACGAGCCGUCUCAGUUCGUGCACUACGUGGCUUUGGAUUCGUACAACGUUGAGGAAUGCGCCGCAAUAUGCCGCAAAGAAGAAAAAUGCAACGCCUUCGCCAUCUUCUUCGAGCGCGCCCCCCUUCUUGAGCCCGGCGCCGGGUGCCUGAAUCCGGCCUCUACGACGCUCAUCAAGUGCACCAUGUGGGAUGGCACGAUUACCCCCCAAACCAGCAUUACCGACGGCCAGCUGCAGGGCGAGUUCCGCGCCGUCAUGGCGGGCUCCAACGCCUACGUCAAAGACGUUACCGCCGCCAACGACUCAAACAGUCUACGCGCCCUGGAGGACGAGUGGACGUCUGAAGAGUACGAAAACGGCGCUGCAAUUGAGGCCCCGCUAGACUGCAACGGUAACGACACGUACAUGGGCAUGUCGGCGUGGGACGACGGCAAAUUCGAUGCUCAGAGAUGCAUUGAGGCGUGCAAGGCGGCCGACGACCAUGAUCUCAAAGACCGCACCUGCAACUUUGUCAAUACGUACAUGCAGCGGCAGGAUGGCGUGCCGGUUGCUCAGCACUGCGCCAUGUUUUCUGAGUAUUGGCCUGCUACAUACGCUACCAACGUUGGUCAGAACCGCGGUCCGAAUGAUGUUGGUGUCUCCAACACGGAUUCGUAUGGGUAUGUCGUGAUGAAGACGGGUUUUUGGAAAAUUGUAGUUUGCUGA